ACAGAAAGGUUUAACGUUAUAGAUCGCAGAAAGUUGGAAUUAGCAUUGCAAUGAGCUGCUUAAAGGAGGAAACUCGAAGUGCUUCUCCUCAGUGUCCCAAACCUGAUGAAUCCGAGGAGCCCCUUGGUACAACAAUGGAGACAGAAGCUACUCCUGAUGGAAGCACAAAGUCUGAAAACAUUCCUGGAGUGGUCAUCACAAAGGAAAUGGAGGAGGAAGAAAAGCAGCUAAUGAAAGAAGGGGAGAGUAAAGAGAAAGAAAUGAUGGAAAAGGUCCGGGAGACAUGGAAGAGGGACUCCCAUGACAUGCGGUACAAAAGACUACAACAUUUACUUCAGAAAAGUAAUAUCUACUCUAAAUUCCUGCUGACAAAGAUGGAGCAGCAGCAGAAUGAGGAGCAACUCAAGAAGGAUAAACCUAAAAAGAAAUCCAAGAAGAUUCAAAAGGACCACAGCGCUGAUGCAGAGAAAGAUAAAAGGAAAAGGAAGAGAGAUGAAGAUUACAAAAUAGCAGAUGUCAUGUCAAAAGAAGAAAUCAUGUCGCAGGCGAAGAAAUCAAAAAUGGAAGACACGAAUGGUGCUUCUGUCCAGAAGAAACUAGAAGCUGAAGAUAUCGAAAAGCUGAGUGAUUCCAACCAAGACAUCAAGGAUCGCCUGUCGGAGACUGUUCGAGAAAACGCCAAGCAUCUCCUCCAUCCUGACAGGAAGGUGAACGGGCAGCCGGUCCCUAUGCAGCAACCACAGCUGUUCUCAGGAGGGAUCAUGAGGUGGUACCAGAUCGAGGGCAUCGAGUGGAUGAGGAUGUUGUGGGAGAAUGGUAUCAAUGGGAUUCUGGCUGAUGAGAUGGGACUGGGAAAGACCAUUCAGUGCAUUGCUCACAUCGCCAUGAUGAUCGAGAAAAAAGUGAUGGGCCCUUUCCUGGUGGUGGCUCCUCUCUCCACUCUGCCCAACUGGAUCAGUGAAUUCAAGCGUUUUACACCAGAGGUGUCUGUGCUGCUGUACCAUGGCACUCAGCCAGAGAGGGCCAAGCUGCUGAAGCAGAUUCGCAGGGUUCAGGGGACCCUCAACAUGUUUCCUGUAGUCGUCACCUCCUUUGAGAUCUCCAUGAUUGACAGAAAAUAUCUGCAGCACUUCCAGUGGAAGUAUCUGAUCGUAGAUGAAGGCCACAGGAUCAAAAACCUCAACUGUCGGCUGGUGCGGGAGCUGAAGCUGAUGCCCACAGACAACAAGCUGCUGCUGACGGGCACGCCGCUGCAGAACAACCUGGCGGAGCUCUGGUCCCUCCUAAACUUCCUCCUGCCAGAGGUCUUCGAUGACCUCAAGAGCUUUGAGUCGUGGUUUGAUAUUGACUCCCUUGGUGAUGCGGAGAGCGUGGUGGUAGCUGAACGUGAGCAGAACAUCCUGAGCAUGUUGCACCAGAUUCUAACUCCAUUCCUGCUGAGAAGGCUAAAGUCAGAUGUGACUCUGGACGUCCCUCCUAAGAAGGAGAUUGUUGUCUACGCUCCACUGACACCCAAACAAGAAGCCUUUUACACCGCUGUUGUCAACAAGACCAUCACCAAGAUGCUGGGCCAAGAAAAGAAAGAGGCUCCUGUGGUGUUGUCGUCAAGCGGCAGACCAAAACGUCACAGCAGAAAGUUUGUGGAUUACAGUGAAAAGGAUUCAGAUCCAUCGCUUGACCUGGAGAGACUCUGCAAAGAGGCUGAGCUGAGCCCCACACCAGUUCUGGAUGUUCAGAGUCCAUUGGAUGCGCAGAUCAACCUGAAGCUGCAGAACAUUCUCAUGCUUCUAAAGAGGUGCUGUAAUCACCCCUACCUGGUGGAGUACCCACUGGACCCCGCCACACAGGAGUUCAAGAUUGAUGAGCAACUGGUGCAGAGCUCUGGGAAGUUUCUUAUACUGGACAGACUGCUGCCUGCUCUGAAGGAAAGAGGACACAAGGUUCUGAUCUUCAGUCAGAUGACAUCCAUCUUGGAUAUCCUGAUGGAUUAUUGCUAUCUGAGAGGCUUCCAGUACAGCCGAUUGGACGGCAGCAUGUCCUACACCGACAGAGACGAAAAUAUGAAAAAGUUCUCCACGGAGCCAGAAGUAUUUAUCUUCUUGCUGAGCACCCGAGCAGGAGGACUUGGGAUAAACCUGACAGCUGCUGACACGGUCAUCAUCUUUGACAGCGACUGGAACCCCCAGGCAGACCUUCAGGCCCAGGAUCGAUGUCACCGCAUCGGGCAAACCAAACCUGUGGUGGUGUACCGCCUGGUCACAGCCAGCACCAUCGACCAGAAGAUCCUGGAGAGGGCCUCUGCCAAGAGGAAGUUGGAGCAAAUGGUCAUUCACAAAAAUAAAUUCAAAGGUAGGAAAGCUGAACUGAAAGAAAACAAAAGCUGCGUCGACCUGAAGGAGCUCCAGGAGCUGCUCAAAGUCAAACGCACCGAGAAGGAGGUAAAGGCUUCAAAAGGGAAGGUGAUCAGUGACAAGGACCUGGAGAUUUUGCUGGAUCGCAGCGACUUGCUGGACAAAGACAAGGGGAGCAUGAAGGAGAAAGUUGGGGUCUUCAGAGUGGUGGACACUGAGGAGUCCUCAGAGAUCUCACUGACCUGAGAGAGCAUGAACUUUUAAACAAGACUGAAGUUCAGGUGACGCACAGCUGCUCGUAAAGACUUGAAGAACAUCCUAAAACUGCUGCUUGUAGGUUGGAGCAACAGGGUUUGUUUGAUUUUUUUAUU